AUGAUUUCGACAACCUCUGAUAGUGGGCAGCAGAGCUUCACUCCCCCUGCUUCUCGAGCAGUCGCUGUAUCCCUGAGCGACAAAGAGGCAGACUUGUCGGCUGAUGGAAAAUCCAAGGGCGAUGCUAUUUGGAUUUCUUCCGACGACGAUUCUGAUACGGAAGAUGAAGGUGACGAUGAGGGUCGAGAUCUCGACCAUUCGCAAUCAUGCACAACAUCUACGACCAGCAUCGCAGACCAUUUGGAUAGCACGAGUACCAAACACAGUCUAAUUGAGUCGGAGGCCGCCAUCGGUGUGGACACUACGCCAGCAGUAUCUCCAGCUCUAGGAGAGGACAGCCCAGAUUGGACACAUAACUUACACAUGGGUCCCCUUGCUGAUCCUGAACCGAAUCAACAGUCUCCUUAUCAGACGAAUCGCACGUUCGCUGGAGAUGCGACGGCAUGUACAGAUGUCAGUUUUAACAUCUCGCCUACAAGCCCUGGGAGUCAGCCACAUCGGAGCGUGUCGGAAGAACAACAGCUUGCCACCGGAGCCACCAGCGAGCCGGACAUUAUGAUGGUCGAUGCUCUCUCCGACGAACGUUCCAGCGAUGGUGCACAGAGUACUCCCACGUCCCCUUUGAUGCACGCAUACAGUCAAAUUGCUGCAGGCGUUGGAGAAGUGGCUCACAUGCCGUUGCACGAUAGCGAAGAGUGUGCGAGCACAUCGCGCGAUGAUGCCAUUUCUAGAGCCCACACUCCAUCCCCCGUGAAAAGCCUGCCACUCGAAUCACAACACGAGCAAAAUUACGACCACAUCAGCUGCAAAUUCAGCGAUGCUGAGUCCGAGUCCUCAAAAGCCGAACCCGGAUCGCCAUUUGGAGCCCCACUAUCUCCACUGUCUCCCCCAUCUCAGGAGUUGUCCCCCCGGCGCCGUUCUCGUCGCAGAUCCUCACAUGCACAUGAAACGGUGCAAGAUAAGGACAGAGACGUAGAUACUGAAGGCUCUGGCAGUGAGGAUGACCUCGAUAUUCCAGAAUGUGUGCGUGACAAGGACUAUUGCCCUUCACCAAAUCAGGGGCAUGGUUCUGGAGACGACUCCGAUGAUGGACAGCACUGUCACAAACGUCGCAAGGCGUCUGGAUCUCCUUACAGCUCGGUUCGCAGUACCCCCACCAGUGCCCGGGAUUCUCGCCAAAGGAAGCGAUCCACAAGAGCCGUCGGACACUCAUUGAGGGAGCGUGGCACGCCGGCACUCGGCUUGUUGAGUCGAGCAUCAUCGCACGCAAGAUCUAUUCCCUCUGAUGCCAGUGCGUUUGUUGCUCAGUUUCAGGAAUGGCAGCUCGAGAAUGUUUCAAUGAAACGCAUUACAGAAAAUGGCAAGACUACGUUUCAAUUCCAGUUUGAGUGGCCCCUUUGCGCAAAUCAUCCGCAUGCCACCAGCAUGAACCCCGAUUCAGCCCGCUCGGUCCUGACGAGAAAAACAACUAAGCAAGAUCUAGCAAGACGGGUAAGGUAUUCAGAUGAUGAAGAUAACUUCCUCAUACAACUGAAGGAAGUGGAGCAGCUUGGGUGGGCGGAGAUCCGUCAGCGUUUUGCUCAACGUUUCCCCGGACGAGGAGGCUCGGGCCUGCAAGUGCACUACUGUACGAAACUCAAGGAUCGUGGGAGAACUUAA